AUGGAAGUUUACGUUGAUGAUAUGCUGGUCAAGAGCAACAAAGGCACUGAUCAUGUGCUAGACCUGAAGGAGGCUUUUGGUGUCCUGCGAAAGAACCAAAUGAGACUAAAUCCCACCAAGUGUGCAUUUGGAGUAACCUCUGGGAAAUUCUUGGGCUUUCUAGUGUCGCAAAGGGGGAUAGAAGCAAACCCCUCAAAAAUUGAGGCCAUUCACGAGAUGCGUGCACCAAGAAACAUUCGCGAAGUGCAGAAACUGACCGGCUGCCUGGCUGCUCUUAGCAGGUUCUUGUCCCGAGCUGGCGAUAGGUGCCUUCCAUUUUUCAAGCUGCUAAAAGGAGGAAAAGGCCAACAGCAAUUUCGCUGGACAGAAGAAUGCGAAGCAGCUUUCGAGGAGAUCAAGCUUUAUCUCGCUACCUCAGCCGUGGCCGUCAGUGCAGUCGUUGUCAGAGAAGAGGCAAAGACCCAAAGGCCCAUCUACUAUGUGAGUCAUGUGCUCCUGGAAGCAGAGACAAGGUACCGGAAGAUUGAGAAGCUUGCACUGGCACUGGUCGUGACAGCCAGAAAGCUGAGGCCUUACUUCCAAGCACACGCCAUUACUGUACUAACUGAUCAACCCCUGAGAAAGUCACUUCACAGCCCCAGCGUAGCGGGAUGUAUGGUAAGUUGGGCUGUCGAGUUGAGUGAGCACAAUAUUGAAUUCCAACCAAGAAGCGCGAUCAAGGGCCAGGCGCUGGCUGACUUUUUGGUAGAAUGUACCCAAGCCGAAGAACCGGGAGAUCCUGAGGCCGAGCCGAACAGAAAAUGGGCGCUCUUUGUUGAUGGAUCCAGCACCACAGCACGGAGCGGCGCUGGGCUCGUGCUGAAAAGCCCUGAAGAGUUCACGAUACAUUAUGCCCUUAGGUUUGCAUUUCCCGCAACAAACAAUGAAGCAGAGUAUGAAGCACUGAUUGCAGGAAUCAAACUGGCAAAGGCGGUGAUGACAGACGACCUGGUCGCUCAUAGUGACUCCCAAUUAAUCGUGAACCAAGUCAAUGGCCAAUACGAGGCCAAAGAAGAAAGAAUGGCCAUGUAUUUGAAGGAAGUACGUCGUCUGGUGAGCAGCUUUGGCACGUUCGCGAUGGUACAGAUCCCGCGGCAAGAAAAUGCUUUGGCAGAUGCCCUCUCCAAACUAGCUACAGCAGACUUCGCUGACUGCGCAAGCUCUGUAUAUUUUGAAGUGCUAGACCAACCAAGCUAUGAACAAGAAUUGAUGUGCAGCAUUACUCAAAGGGCCGAGCCGAGUUGGAUGGAUCCCAUCGUGGUCUAUUUACGUGACUGGCAUCUCCCAGGAGAUCAAGCAGAAGCAAGGGCAAUCAAAAGGAGAGCAGCCAAAUACACCCUUCAGGGUGGAGUACUUUACAAAAGGGUGAUAUCCUGGCCCCUGCUGAAGUGCCUGCCCCCGAACCGAGCUGAGGAGACACUUCGUGAAGUCCACGAGGGGAUUUGUGGGGGACACAUCGGGGGUAGAGCACUGGCCUACAAGGCAGAAAAGGCCAACCACACACUUCUAGAUGGAAUAAAGAAGAGGCUGGACUGGGAGAAGAAGAACUGGGCAGAUCAGCUACUCAGUGUACUCUGGGCUUAUCGCACUUCAGCUCGGACACCCACAGGAGAGACACCAUUCCGACUAACAUACGGAACUGAAGUGUUAACCCCUGUGGAGGUAACCCAAGCCUCGUUCCGAUCAGCAGUGUUUGAAGCCUCACAGAACGAAGCUGGGCUCCAAGCAAACGCUGACUUCAUAGACGAAGUUCGGGAAGAAGCACUUAUUCGAAAUGAAACCUACAAGCAGAAAGUCCGGCAAUACCACAACAGGAGGGUCAAGCCACGGGGAUUCGUAGUUGGGGACUUGGUGCUGAGGAAAGCAGCAGCGGCGGACCCAAGAAGUGAAGGAAAGCUCAGCGCGAACUGGGAAGACCCUUACAUAGUCUCCAAAGUGGUACGCCCUGGCACAUACCAUUUGCAGACUCAGGGGGGCACAGCUCUACCAAGGGCAUGGAACGUUGAAAAUCUCAAAAAAAAAUUCCAGUAA